UAUGCGACUUCACCGAAUCAAGUCCAUAUAAACAUAAGGGAAUUCCAAGUUUUCGCAACAUGACGCAACGUUUUAUUAUCAGAUUGUCAGUAAUCGAGAACAUAUGCAGGUUAUAGAAAGAGAAGUUAUUAAGUUGUUGUUUUUGAGUGGUUUUUUGGAAUAAAAAGUUCCCCAUGGAAGACCUAAAACAAGAAAAUUGGCCAUCAGAAUCGCCAAUUUUCAACGAAAACCAACUGCUCCUAUUAGCAAACCACCCCAUCGAAGAACCGCACUCUCCCCCAGUAAAACUCGAGGAAAUAAUCGAAAAUAGCGAACGGUUUCCAAUAAAAUUCCCCAUAGAGACCGUGCGAUGUCAGUUUCUCCGACAAAAAAAAAUACCUGAGGCUACCCUGGAAUUUAACAUCAAUUCGGUUUACCCGGUGCUACAUGAAACCGCUCUGUCGCUCUACGUACAAUUCUUAAGCCACAAAAAACGAUUCGGAAGCAAAAUAGAGAGGAAUUUGUAUAAAGAGUUUACAGUAGAACAACUGGUGGAAAGAUUGUUAGUUAAACAAGCUGUAUACUUUCUAGGAAAAUCUGAUUUAUACCUUUUGAUAAACGGGCGGGAUGGAGCACAUAAUUGGGAGAAAAUCGGGAAAGAUGACGUGUCCUCCCCAGAAACUUUGGAAGACUGUUUAUCUUAUGACGAAAUUAAACUUUCAGCCCUACUAUCUGUUUCUUCUUACACAUAUUUUAUUAAUGACGGUAACAGGUAUAAUGAAGGGAAAUAUUGUGCCAAUAGGAGUAAAAUUGAAGAUUCCGGAAUUAUUAUUGGACUCAUAGGUGCAAGGCUUGAAAAGCCUAUGGUAAUGGAAUAUCAGGACGUUGUAGUUUCCAAGGAGCAAAAUACACAAGAAAACGGAUAUGGAAAUACGUUUAUUCCAACUUUGCAAAGUAUUUUUACAAACUUUUACGGCGAACCGUGCCUAACAUACGAACAACUGAAACCCAACUUCAACAAUAAGAAAAAAUACACUAAACUCUCAGAGACCGUAUAUUUUGACAACGAGAUCUACGAGCGAAGAAUGAGCUUAUCAAUAGACACUCUGCUCCUGGAAGCGAACUUUAGGGCAAAAGAAGCUGGAAAAAUGGCAUUCGUUCACGUAGUAGGCAUAGGUCUAGGCGUAUGGCGAAUAUCUACUCAUCAAGGGGUAGUUUUCCGAGAAGCUUUCGCCAAAAGGAUUCAAUAUCUUGGGAAAACUAAUAACCUCAACCACGUGAGCGAUAUACGUAUCGCAAACCAUGGUGGGGUCACCAGUUGUGGUCCAUAUAAAGAUCAGGAUGUUGUGAUGUUAGAGGGACAUCCCUGUGGUGGGAUUAAGAUUCAUAUUAAUGGGCAACAUCCGCAUGAGAAGUUGAUUGAGGAACACCAAGGAAAACUGCUUGUUGUCUCUUACGCCUGGGACGGUAACGCUUUACCAGGAAACGAAUUUUGGCGGGGGUCCCUGGACGGCAGCGGAGACCCCGCGGCGGCCAGUUCCACCCAAAUCGCAGAACUCCAUAACGCGCACAUUAACCCCAAAGUUUCAGCGAAAAGUCUGAUGAUCGCGACGUUAAAUGGGUUGGUACCAUUUCGUCAGUACGUCAAACAGUGCGAAUCUCUACAGAAAAGCACUGAAAAAAGUCAGUCUUAAACCUUCGUCAAUUUGAUUUAUUAUUAUUAUUAAUAGGUAUCCUUCGUAUUGGUUAUGCAUAAUAAAACGUAAAUUGUCAUGAACAGAACCAUUUA